AACCGUGCUGCUUACGGUAAUUUUUCUGCCUCUCCGGGGCUAUAUAAUCUGGUCUGAAUCUCGAGCGUUUUGCUCUCCUUCCACGGAAUCCCGUAGACAUCCUACCGCACAUAGACAUACCUGUCUACUUCCAUACAUUCCUACUUGGUUUUAACAUAUAUCUCCCCCUUCAUUUUUCAUCCCAAAUCAUCCACUCGGAAAGAUGUCUCGCCAACUCCCGCACCUCACCGGAUCUCGCUCUCUCUACGGCCAUCAACCGCCCAAUCACCGCCAAAACCACCACCACCACCAGCAGCAGCCGCACCGCCAACGUAGACUCCUCUACGUUGACGGGAACAACCCAGAGCUUAGGAACAAUGCUCCCCCCUACCCCUACCCUUAUAGACAGGGAAGCAUCCCUCGGGCCACACUCUCAGUGGCUCGUCCCCUUCCCAGCCAGCGCGCUGAUCCUGAACCCACCGGACAGAUCCUGGCUCGUACCGCCGAAGAGAGGCCCUAUCUUCUGAACCUCUACCUCAGCGAGCACGACCUUCACGGCCGCAUCUUCCACCCUGGCGCCCGCUUCGGCGCCGCCGAGUUUCCUGCAACUCCACGAGACAACCCGCUCGUCGAUUGCCUCCUGGGAACUGUAGCUGGACCAUUGGAAUGUGCGGCUUACCCUCAUCCUCGAUUCGAAGAGCUCUCUGGAGAGGAUUCCGGAGAUGAUUAUGUGUGUAGUGGCGAGCGCCGCAAUACGGUAACCAUGGAGCAUGAGCGCCGGCGGUGCCAGAGAGCGGAAUCCGGAAGGAAGCAUCACCACAGACGCCUCGACGAUGCGAGUGAGCAACAGAACGUUGGUUCUUCUUCACUCCCAUUCCCAGUUCGAGAGCUGACAACGAGCAGAAGAGAAAGAAUAAUGAUCCCAGAGCUGGCAACACCUAGUUGUCAACACCACCACCACCACUGUUCUCUCAAUCCACAUACACUCGUUGCAGGUCUGCCGGAAAGUACCCUUCGUUGGCAAAGGGCAGUUCGUAUUGUGUAACCACUUAUCAGAUGUGUUUUUCCGAAUUCGGUCGAAUUUGUUUGUCGAAGAUAUUUCAACUCUUUUCCUUCUCCCUAUCACCAUCAGCCUCCCUCCAGUUAAGGGGUGUGGCUACAACAACCACAGCUGUGGACAUUGACAGAUACCAGUGCUAUCCGAGUCCGCAGAA